ACAAUACAACCCAAUUAGUUUGACAAACAUUUUCUAACAAACAGUUUAACAAACAAUCACUAAGUGUCUGACUGUCUGUUUGGUUGGUUGUCUGACCUGACUGUCUGUCUGUGUGUGUGUGUGUGUCUGAAAAACAAACAGUCUAUUAGUAGGAUCUGAUCCAUACAUCCAAUAAUGGCCUUAAAAGACACAUCCGCUGCCAAACUGUAUCUGUUUGGCUAUAAUUUGGUACAAUUUUUCGGUUGGUCAUACGGAUUGAUAAUAAUUGUCGGCCAUGUGUUGGCCACCGGCGGCAAGUUUACCGGUGCCUACGAUCGGGUUCAGCUAUCGCUAACCAUUUUCCAGUCACUACAGCUGAUCGAAGUCGGCCACUGUUUGGUACGAUUGGUUCCGUCCAAUGCCUUCCAAACGUUUGUCCAAAUUUUCUCCCGAUUGGUAGUUGUCUGGGGUAUACUGUUACCAGUGGCCGACUCCCGUACAAGUAUUGGCGUACCGAUGCUACUGAUUGCCUGGUCGUUGGCCGAAAUGACCCGCUAUAUGUACUAUGCACUGAAUAUCUACGAUCAGGUACCCUAUGUCCUCACUUGGCUCCGAUAUACACUGUUUAUUGUGUUGUACCCGCUCGGGGUAUCCGGUGAACUGUUGACAAUGGUUGCGGCCAUACCGUACAUACGGGACAGUGGCCUCUAUUCUCUAAGUUUACCAAAUUUUGCUAACUUUUCCUUUUACUAUCAUUACGGUUUGGUGGCCAUUAUGUUGGGGUAUAUUCCCUUUUUUCCUCAAUUAUAUUUUUAUAUGAUUGCUCAGCGGAAAAAAGUUUUGGGUACCGGUUCGCCAACAAUUAACAGCAAGUCUAGUACAUGUCAUCAAAAAACUAAAUGACUACCAAUUGAUCCAGCGAUACCACCACCGCAUACAUAAGCUCUAAGUGUACUGUACCAUACAUGAGCUAUACAUGUGUGGUAUAUCCUAUGUGUGUGUGUGAGCAAUAAUAUCAAUAAUAAUAAUAAUAGUUUUUUUACAGUUAACUAUAAUUGUUUUUUUUAUUAAUAAUUGUUUUUUUAUUA